AUGGAGGUACCACCCACUCCUGAGUUCGACCCGGCCAAGCCCAAUGGCGGCAACCCAGAUAUCGAAAAUGUCAACCUUCAGUACACUGGCCUGGAGUUCCACUACAUCUACCUUAUGAUCAUGGCUUUCCUUGUGUUUUUGAUUAUACCUGGAAUCGGUUUUCUUUACUCCGGUCUUGCUCGCCGCAAGUCGGCACUUUCUAUGCUCUUCCAGUCGUUCGCGGUCAUGGGAGUAGUUACAUUCCAGUGGAUGUUCUGGGGUUAUUCGCUCGCAUACUCUCGCUCGGCCAGUCCCUUCAUUGGCAACAUGGACAACUUCGGGUUAAAGAAUGUUAUGUCAGCACCCUCGCCGGGCUCCUCAUUUCUACCUGAGAUCGUGUUCUGCCUUUACCAGAUGCUUUUUUGUGCGUGUACUGUACAGCUUGUUAUUGGUGGAUCUUUUGAACGCGGUCGCAUCCUGCCGUCAAUGGUCUUCGCCUUCUGCUGGGCAACUAUCGUGUACUGCCCAAUCGCUUGCUGGACCUGGAAUGCAAAUGGUUGGCUUUUCAACCUCCCCUCUCUAGACUUCGCAGGUGGCGGCCCCGUUCACAUUGCAUCCGGCUGGUCUGCCCUCGCCUACGCCUUCGUCCUCGGCAAACGCCUUCACAAGGGCGACAAGAUUCACGGAAAAGCUCAUAAUCCUACACUCGUCUUCAUCGGCACUGUCUUCAUCUGGUUUGGCUGGUUCGGCUUCAACGGAGGUAGUGCUCUUAACGGCACCGUGCGCUCGAUGUUGGCUGCCUUCAACACCAACACUGCGGCCUCCUUCGGAGUUCUCGGUUGGGUGUCGGUUGAGUACGUCCGUACCAAAGGUCACUUCUCCGUGGUCGGUGCUUGUUCUGGAGCUAUCGCUGGUCUUGUCGGCAUUACUCCUGCUGCAGGUUAUGUCUCUGUGUGGAUAGCCGCCCUCAUCGGUUUUCUCACUGCUGCGAUUUGCUCUCUUUGCCAGAAUGUCGAUAAGUGGAUCAAGAUCGACGAAGGCAUGGAUGUCUUCAAGCUCCACGGAAUUGGUGGCAUGGUUGGCUCCUUCCUCACUGGUAUUUUCGGCCAAGCCUGGAUCUACGACCUGGAUGGUAUGGGUCCGUAUGACGGCCUCGGAGGCAUGGAUGGUGUAGGUGUGCAGAUCGGUCGACAACUGGCUGAGAUUGUCGCCAUCGCCUCCUAUUCUUUCGUCGUCUCUUGUAUUCUCUUGUACAUCUUGAAGUUCAUUCCUGGCAUGCAUCUCCGCGUCACCUCAGAGGCUGAGAUGAUGGGCCUGGAUCUCGACCAGUUUGGCGAUGAGCAGAUCGGUGAUUGGAGUCUCAUGGAGCAGAAUCACUACGAGGCGAACGUCAGUAGCUCGAGCAGCCAACAUGUUCCCACAUCGGUUCCUGCGGCGGCAGUCGGCAAGCAAGCGUAG